GUUCCAGCUGUAACCCAGGAGCUUCCUCCUCUACUUUCAGCCUUUUUUAGUUCAAGGUCAGAGUCACGGACCAGGCUUGGCCUCAACCCCGCUGGUCAUGGUGGUCUGCUAUCGAGAUCAUACUCCCAUUUCCAUGGAAGAGGAAUUUAAACUAUGUUUUUGAUGCAUAAAGCAAGUAUGUGUACUGAUAAUAUCAUUUUGUGAACUGAUGGCCGGGUGGUGCUCGAGUUCUCCCUCUGAUUCCUGCUUUGAGUCAUCACCACCCUCUUAAAGGGGUCAUCUUAUAAAUCUUUUGAGCCAGCUCACAAAGGUCAACAUGUCUUAAAGCACAUUAAAGUCUGCAUAUGUGGCCCAAUUAAGUACAAAACAGCAGAUUUGCAGAGCCUCAGCUCUUGAUGAUUUCCCUUUGUGCACCACAAUAGCUUAAUUAUUACAAACCAUAUUUCUGUCAAAUGCUGCUGGAGGAAAGUCCUUGCUUUCUGUUCAUGACACUGCAUGGACAAAAGCCAGAAUAUGAAAACGGACCCCCUGAAUGAUAGAUUGAAUAUUGUAAAACAUUAAGCCCAGCUCUCAGCCUGGAUUGGGAUGAUCUUGGAAAUAUAUCGAACCCCUUUAACAAACUUUCAGGUCGAUUUGAGCAACAAUUUUGACCACACAUGCAUGCAUAACCAUUUAUGUACAAUCUCCUCUUCCUUUCUGUGGGUUUAGGAAAGGAGUAACUACUGGAAAGCAUGAUUUUUUUCCCCUUUUCUUUUUAAAAUGAUCUUUCUUGCGUGUGAAUUUUGAGCCCUGUCUCCUUAAAAUGCAGCUCCACAGCAUACUCUGCCCUCCCCUUUCGCAAGCACUUGUGCUGGGAUAUUUCUGGGGAAGGGACAUCUGCAGAGUUAAUGCGGUGUGCGAGGAGCAGGAGGAGAGCAGAGUCACGCACAGACUCCUUCUGCACUCCAAUCCUGCAGGACAGCGCCUCAGACUGUGCCCCGAAAGUACCCGCUUUUCACCGCAUACUGGCACAGAACCUCUUGCUGUUCAUCAGUUUUCUACCACUCACUCACUGAGAUUGAUUCAAACAGCAUCACUGUAUGAAUUUCAUUCUGUUCCAAGGACACUUUGUGAAUGAAUAUGACACUCUUAUUAGUACGCAAGGUUAUGAUGUACAACUAAAUGAGUUUUUCCUUAAAAUUUCACUUUGCUGCAUUAAUUCUGACUGAAUUUUUUUGUUUGUUUCUUUUUUGGUUGAUAGUUGUCAAAUGACAACAAAUCAAUAUUUAUUUUAUAAUAUUUAUUUUUAUGAAGGUCUGGUGAUUUUUCUAUGCAUGCAGGGCCAACUUCACAGUCACAGCUCGAGUCGCAUCUUAAAUCCUGUGCAAACUGGUGAUUUUCAAAAAUUUCAUGUGUUGGUAAACAUAUGAGGAUUAGAAUGAAAAGCCAAGAGUGAGGGUUUGUCUCCGAACACAUAAAUCUCACCUUUCGACCAAAAAAUUUAAUCUACAUUUACUGUUGUCUUUUUUUCUAUUUAAAGCUUAUCAUAGAUUGAAUUUAAAUUCUUUCAAAGAGGAUGUUUUUAAUAUUAUUAUUUUCUGUGUGUGUGUGUGUGUGUGUAAAAUGAUGAUGCACGAGUCCCAGAAUGACCCUUGUGUUGUGGACUUUGACAGAGUGAAGCUGCAUCCUGUUCCUCUCAUCUGUUCUCAUAUACCUCACCUUCUGCCUUAGUUUUAUUUUGCUGUAAAAUACAAAACACAAAAAAUGUCUUUUGUUUCUGAAAACAGAUAAAGGAUAUAAAGAUUUUUUUUCCCUUUUAUUUUUGUACGUAUGUGCUGUGCACAGCAGUCUAUUCCUGAGAUACCAAUAAAAGUUUUUUUCUUCUUUUUACUGGUUGCUGACAGAUUAUUAGUUGCUUUAUUGUGGAGUCAGUGUCACUGUCUUGUGUGAUUUGUAACAAUGCUAAAUUAUCCAGAUAUUCUUGAGUUUUCGAGCCUAAAAUGCCAAGAGAUUUUUAUUUUUUGAAGUGAAGCUGACAAUUUUUUUUAAUGCCUAAUCAAAAAGUGAGAUGCAAUUCAAAGUAUUUAAAACAUGCAACAUGCAUCAGGAAGGAAAAGAUUCUGCAGGUUUUCAGCAGGUGAUUGCACGGACUUCCUGUUGGUGCACCAGUGCAGUCACAUUCUGAGGUGCAAGGAAAACCAGCAGACUGUCCUCUGCUGCAAACUGAAACUCAAACAUCCGAAGAUGUAUUUAUGCCACCGGAUGCCCUUUAACAAGGAAGCGACACUGAACUAAGUCGUGGCUCCCUCUGCUGGGGAAGGAUUAGAAAUAUUGAGAUGGACUUGUGCGUAAAAGCACCAGAGCGCAUCUGGCGCAAACGUACAGGUAAUUCUGAAAUCCUAUUUCAAAGUUAAUGACCAAAUCGAUUAAAACAAGUCUAAAACUGUGCAGUUUUUCUACGUUUCAAUUCUAAAGGCUGACUUUAAUUCAGUGGACUUAUAGGAGAAUUAUUCGUGAAGUGGUUAGUGCGCUUGGUUCCAGGUUCACGACCACCCGUGUCCAUUUUCAAUGUAAUGUGCAGUUGCUUCAGGAAGGGCAUCCGACGUAAAGCUUGCGCCAAAUCAACAUGCGGAUCCAUACAGGAUCCGCUGUGGCAACACUGAGCAAAAAAAGGGCACGGCCAAAAUAAAUUACUUUCUAUUCUUAGAAUGAAGUUUAAGGUGGAUGAGUCAAGACGUGUCACCAAAAAACAGACCAAACUAACCAAAAAAAGAAACUAGGCUUCUUGUUGGGCGAAGAGCAUCGGGACAAACAGCCAGAGGUGGAAGUGGCCCUUCCGCUGCAGAAAAGCCACAUCUGCUUUGGGGGCGAGUUUUUUUUUUUUUUUUUUUUGCGUGAAAGGAUGUGAGCAGGAGUGGCGCUUUUUGUGGGCUUUAAAUAGGAACUGUCUCCUAACUUUGGGAUAACACACCAAGUGAACACUUCCAGCACUUCUCUGUGGAAACGCGCAGGAUGGAUGUCACCGGGAAACUGGGAAUGUGGGACACCGUGCUCGCGCUCUUACUCGCUCUCCUCCAGGGAUUCCCUCUGGACGAAGCGGCCCCAAACGCAUCACCGCUGAUCGGAUCCAACUGGGGGAACACGAGAAGAUACGUUCAUCUGCAGACAUCCACGGACCUCAGCAAUUUCUACCUGGAGAUCAAGUUAGAUGGCACUGUGCGCAAAACCUCUGCCAGGAGUUCAUACAGUGUGAUUUCACUGAAAGCUGAAACACGACAGCGCGUUGCCAUCUUUGGCGUCAAAAGCAGCCGUUACCUGUGUAUGGACGCGCAGGGAACCCCUUUCAGCUCUCCCACGUGCCUCUUGGAGGACUGUCUGUUUAACCACAAGCUUCUGGAGAACAACCAUGAUGUAUAUUACUCCAGCAGGACCGGCAUCCUCUUCAACCUGGAGGGCUCCAGGCAGGUGUACUCUGAAGGACAGAACCUGCCACAGACCUCCAUUUUCCUGCCACAGAAAAACACAGUGCCGCUGGAGCGCCUCCUGCUGCACCGAGAGAAGAGGAACCAGGUGGUGGAUCUCACAGACCCACAUAACAUCUACAUGGGUCAGGCUGAGGAGGGAUCAGACUCUCGAGCUGCACCAGAGGAUGAUGCCGACAUGGAAGUGGAGGCUGGGGAUGCUGGAGACGCUGUGGAUGCUGGAGAUGCUGGGGAGGAAGGGAGGAACGUGUCCAGAGAGACGCCGCUGGCUCCUUCCAUCCACGACCCCUGGAAUGUGUAUUCAUCCAACCUGGCUAGCCCGCGUAGCAGCGGGUUCAUGGGGUAACUCUGGUGAACAGGUGCCAUGUGGUGUUCAAACCCCAACCCUUCUAGUCUCAGUGAGUCAAAGUGUCAGUGCAAAACAUCAGAUUCUAUCCUGAAGAAACGGAUCUGGUGCAAGAUGAUCCAAGAUUUUCAGUAAACCGUUCAGAAAAAAUGCUCAUACACUGAAUGUCUGUAGACUUGAUGUACAGCUUCUCUUUGCACAGUUAUCGCCUCGAAGCUCUACCAUCCUCCUGUAAAAUAUCUACUUUUCUUUAGCAAACUCCAUUUUCUGCCUAGUUUCAGACAACAAAUAUAUUACACCAGUAUUUUACUCCUAAUUGAGCAGUUCAAGAAG